CAAGUCUCAACCAUUCAUCAACACCACGUGCCCCUAAAAUUUUGCAAAGAUAUAUCGAUCGAGGAGGAUGCCCGGAGUAAUGCUUAGAAUUCCGGUUACUCGCCUGAGCGCCGACGAUAUUUUGGAAUUUCCCGGCAGAGCUGCCAGUCUUUCCGACAUGGUUCUGGGGUUUAUCGAGGAACCUGCCACGGAUGCCUUCCCGGACAAUAUCACGUCAGGCUCCGAUGAGGAAGAGGAAGAUGAAGCUUCUGUGGAGGAGAACAAGGCAUUUUGGGAGGAACAACACCAACUUCUCCAAGCAACGUUGUGUAGAAGCAGUGGCGUAGAAAAGAAAAUUCGACAAGCCACCAAGGAGGCGCUGAGAGAAACUAUGAAUAGCAUGUAUUGCGUCUGUUCGAGGGCGGUGGCCGGAGACUGCCGGAAUUGUUUGCGAAGGGAAAUAUGCAAUCGCCUUAUUAGUUUAGGUUACAACUGUGCCAUUUGCAAAUCCAAAUGGAGAAGCUCAGCAAAUAUCCCAUCAGGAGAGCACACUUUUUUGGAAGUGCUAGACAAUUCGGAUACAGAGAGAGGGGAGAUUAGGGUAGUGAUUGAGCUCAAUUUCCGAGCAGAGUUUGAGAUGGCCAGAGCUAGCCAAGACUACAACCGUUUAAUUAGCUUUUUGCCGGAAGUCUUUGUCGGGAAAGCCGAAAGACUACGAGCCUUGAUCAAAAUUUUGUGCAGCGCGGCUAAAAAAUGUAUGAAAGAGAAGAAAAUGCAUUUGGGACCUUGGAGGAAGCACAAGUACAUGCAAGCUAAGUGGCUUGGAACCUUUGAGCGAUCCACUCCGGGAUCGUUACCGGUCGGAGGAUAUAGAAACCGGCCACCGAAGCCGAGGGCAUCCAUGUUGACCUUCGACUUGUCCGAGGCUAUGCCCGGCUUGCAUUGCACGGCAGUUGAGGUUCUGUGAUCAGUAGAGAAACAAAAAUUUUGUAACGCGGUUUUGGUUUUACAUAUAUAGCUCUCCAUCUCUAGCCAGCCUGUUGUAAUAAUCUAAAUGCAUGUGUAAAAAUAGCGAGGAGUAGCUAUAUAUAUAUAUAUAUAUAUCUGUGGUGUGUGUAGUGUGAGCUUUUUUUUUUGCUGAGUGAGGACCUUAUUUUUACUCAGUUAACCUCCUUCCUUAUAGUGAAAUUUUCACUGUCCA